CCUGCGCCUCCUCGUUCACCAUCCCGGCUCCCGGACCUACCCCCCUCCCCGCCCUCUUCCCACCCGGUGAAUGCGCCAGCGACCGUAAAGCAUGACGGGCAUCGCCGCCGCUUCUUUCUUCUCCAAUUCCUGCAGGUUCGGGGGCUGCGGUCUGCAGUUCGAGUCUCUCGCCGAGCUCAUCGUCCACAUCGAGGACAAUCACAUCGACACAGAUCCGCGGGUUCUGGAGAAGCAGGAGCAACAGCAGCCCACCUACCUGGCCCUAAGCUACAUCAACAGGUUCAUGACGGACGCAGCACGCCGCGAGCAGGAGACCAUGAAGAAGAAGGCCACGCCCAAACUGUCCCUGUCGAUCACAGGCGGCAUGUCCCGGAACAGCACGGCCACGCCACCGCGCCACACCAGCGGCAACCUGACCCCUCCCGUCACGCCCCCCAUCACUCCGUCCUCCUCGUUCCGGAGCAGCACGCCUACAGGCAGCGAGUAUGACGAAGAGGAGGUAGACUACGAGGAGUCGGACAGCGACGAGUCGUGGACCACAGAAAGCGCCAUCAGCUCCGAGUCCAUUCUGAGCUCCAUGUGCAUGAACGGGGGAGAGGAGAAGCCGUUCGCCUGCCCCGUCCCCGGGUGCAAAAAGAGAUACAAGAACGUGAACGGCAUCAAAUACCACGCCAAGAACGGCCACCGCACGCAGAUCCGUGUGAGGAAGCCCUUCAAGUGUCGCUGCGGCAAGAGCUACAAGACGUCGCAGGGCCUGAGGCAUCACACCAUCAACUUCCACCCGCCCGUCUCCACAGAGAUCCUCCGCAAGAUUCAAGGCUAGAGCCCUGCGCUACCAGUCAGCUACCCCGAAACAUUAGCCCUGUCCUGACUCUCCUCAUCCAUCCCAAACACUAAAGGAUCAAGUGCACGCUUUAAGUUGUUUUUAUUUUGUCACAUUUUCAUUUUUAUAUCCAUCUUUGCAUUCUUCUUUUGUCCUAUCCAAGUAUUAUCACUUGUAUUUUUUGGGGGGAAAAAACCCCCCAACAAAUUAUGUAUCUGUAGUAUUUUUUUUUUAUUGAUGUACAUUUGCACAUUCGUAUAUGCUAUCAUUUUUUUAUUUUCAUUUUUUUUUUCUUCAACUGUUUUUAUUGCAUAAGGUGCUAACUGUAAAAAACAGAAAGAAAAGACAAAAAAACAAACAAAAGGAAAGCGGAACAAUAGUUGGAAAAGGAAGCGCGAGCGACUCCUGCCCUUAUAUUUUAAAUUUUUAACUUUUUUUUUUUCCUUCUCCCGCUCGCCUCCGAGCAGGACGAACGCGAGCCGGGCUGUUCGGAACGCGCCCCGUCCGCUCGCCGCAGAGUCCCCGCCGAGCCUAGGUCUGUGCCUUCACAGCGACUUCUGGGAGUUGAAGAGCAAGAGUUAAGUUAUACUUAGAACAGAUAUAUUGAUAUAUAAACAACAGACAAAUAUGUAUGUGUACAUAAAAAAAACAAACAAAAAAACUAUAAAAGUAUUCAUGAGCAUAUUCAUAGUUACUUUAUUUUGAAGCUUUAUUUUUUCUGUUUUUUUUGCCAGUGUUUCAGAGGUAGUGUUUGUCAUACUUGCAGCACGUUGGCGUUCACUUAUGGCCCUGGUAAGGAUGGGUAGAAAGCCUUGAAGUGACCAAGCCUUCUUUUGCAGCAGCAUAAUCUCUUAGGCGAAUGCUGACAUUUCUGAACUUUUAAUGCAAGUAGUUAUUUAGUGGGGAAAGAAAAAAAAAAUCUCAUAUUGAGAAAUGUUUGUUUACAAACUCACCCUCGCUGCACUUAUUAGCUGCAUGCUACGCUGAACUCCCCUUCUUCAGUAAUGUUUCACUUUUUUAGGUCAUUAUUCUGUUGAAAGGCCCGCUGAUAAACCUAGUUUUAGAUGUUAUGGCAAAACUUGAGAAAUAUUUAUUUAUGAUGCGCUCAACAAGGUUGCCACAGUGAUUGUUUCAGGCCAGAUCCACACAGAUUUUGUGGCGUGGAGGAGCUCAAGCUUGGUCUCAUUUGACCCACUAGAUGAGUCCUAAACAAAGCAGUCGGCAUGCAGACGCCUCUCCAUGGUCGUUGGGGAGAUUUGACAACCUAGUUGUUUUUAUUUGCAGUAGAAUAGACAGUAAAUGGGCAGUGAGAGAAGCGGCAACGUAAUUUGAGUCGGGAGUGCACCGAUUGCAGUUUUCCGGCCAAUGACCGAUAUUUUAAAAAGCCUGACCAGCUGACUGGGAUUGUGGGCCCACUACCAAUUUUUAUUUAUUUUUCUUACUGAACAGUUGUUAAAUAUAGCAACAAAGUUUCCAAGUUACUAACAGUGGGACGAGUACUGUUGAGUGCACAGUAACCGGUGGGACAGCGGCUGAUUUUCAGACCUUUGCAGUGGCAGAUGAGAUCAGUUUCUCAUGUUCAGUAUUGGCCGAUCGUCCUAACUUAAGAAAAUUGGGGAAGCUAUAAUAUUGGAGCACCCGUAGUUUCAGUCCAGUUCCAGAUGCAUUAGUUGACUUGAUUAAGGGUGUAGGUGAGUUCAGAAGAAAAGCUGCUGCCUUCAAACCAUUUCCUGACUUUUUGAGAUUUUCACAUGAAGUGGCAUGUUCCCUUGUCGUUCCCCUUUUGAAGAGUAGCGAACAGUGUCAUUACUUUUACACUCCCAGGAAAUCAAGGAUAACUAAAUAAAAGUUCAACACUAGUAAUCUUAAAACAAUGCAGUGUGAAUUACAAAAACGUGACAUUAUUUAUUGUAUAGGAGUGCCAAUAAUAAUGCAUUUUGUUAGUAGUUUUUGGGUCCCCCACUGAACGACCCGACUCAGAUUAAAGGGUGGGUUUUUGCAAACAAUAAAAUUACGCUGCUGCUGCUGCAAUAAAAGCUGAAUUUCUCUAAAGGCUUUUUUUCCGUUUUGCUAUCAGAGGCACUUGAUUUCCGUGUGCUGUAUUUGCUGAAUUUCUUUUUUUUCUUUCUCCGUUUCACACAUUCUAAAACGUUUUUGACGUCGAUCAGGAAGAGACAGCGGCCCGACGUUUGAAGCGUUUCGACCGCCACGUCGAGCCACUCAGCAUUUCCCUCGCUCAUAGUGCCAGAGCUGCCGCUCCACUCGCUCGGCCUCAGAAAGCAGGCCGAGCAUCAUAUAAUGUAUUCCAGUUGCCAAGAGCUUUUGUUUUUGUUUUGUUUUUGUUUCUGUUUCCAUGAUCGUUGCCAACAGCUCUCCACUGCCAAACAUUGACCAUACCAUGUGCCUGACGGGAGGGAGAAACGGGGGGAGAGGGGAAGUGGAGGGGGGGAGAAGACAGAGGGAGGAUGGCUUCUGAUGGCGGUUUUACCGUGGAGGUCGCCAAAAGUGUGGCAACGAUUUCUCGUGUUCAUCGCUCCUCCAAAGUGUGCAUGGAUGAAUGUCUUCAUGCAUGCUUUCAGAAAAACAAACAAAAAAAAGAGGUUACAUUUGUAUUUAAGAGAUUAUCAUCUACAACUUGUCUGUGUGUGUUGUAGAGGGCAGCAUUCCAGUCCGUCUGUAUGUAUGUGUGUGUUUUUCAAGCGGUGUCUUCAUCAGCAUAGGGAAGUGCUCCUGUACGUGUGUGUGUUAUCAGUGCUCGGGUGUUUCACGUUUCCUUUGCCGGAUCGAGCCAAGGGCCCGGAUUGUCACUCUCUCUCAUGUUUCACUCUCAAUUGCCAGAGUUGAGCAAUGCAGACUCUAUCAUUCCUCUCAUACAGACUUUAUAUUCCGCUCAAGGCUCCGAGUUUGAGCCGUUUCUCUUCUUCUUCUUCUUCAUGGAUUCCAACGACACGCACUCCGAAUCCUCCUGUUUGCGAGUUUCUUUUGGUCCAGCCUCCGGGUCACGCCACACGCCUAUACGAACUGAUGUACCGUCACCUGGCGCGCUGCUGGACGACCAAGCACAAGUCUGCGGCGACAGGCCGGAGGAAGUAGAGCGACGGGCGUAUGCAGAAGAGGACGAGCGGAUUCGGGAGGGGUUCAGUAUACCAUGUACAGUGAAUGUAACGUAACACGUGUCUGUCGUCAAGUGCUUUUAAAUUAUAUUUUCGUAUGUGACAUGGAGACCAACGUUUCCCUUUUGUAUGGGAGGUUUAAACAGGUUCUGACGAAGAAUAAGUUGUAGGUGAUGUCAAACUGUCUUUCUAUGUAUAUAUCUAUAUAUAUAUCCAUAUAUAUAUCUAUAUAUAUAGAUAUAUAUACAUAAAACAAGCUGCUUCAAUGUAAAUGACUGAAAAAAAAAACAGCAAAAUAAAGUGAAACCCCCUCCC